GCUGGCCCCGCCUUCCGUGUGUCUGAGAGACGAAGCCGAGGCUGAGUGGAACUAGAGGGGCGUUCCGGGCCGUUCCUUCAGCACUAUCCGUAGCCGCUCUUCCAAGCCGCUCUGAAAGACGCCAUGGGAACCCGUCGUGUCCAGGGUUUGCUGUUCCUCCUCCUCCUCCUCGGGGCCCCCUCCUUGGCCUCGGAGCAAAAUUUGCACUGUCACAAGGGCAUAUCGAUGAGUGUAGAAGAGGACCCAAGGAAGACGUUUAAUUGGACCACAGAGAACGUUGAGACUUGUGACAGUGGGUCAUUGUGCCAGGAAUCCCUUCUGAUGAUUAAAGCAGGGGCCAAGACAGCAGUUUUGGGCACUAAGGGCUGCGUGGCAGAUGGGACACAGGCGAUAAUGUACGUCCAGCACUCCCCACCCCCAGGCAUAAUCACAGUGUCCUACAGCAGCUACUGUGAGGAGCCCUUAUGCAACAGCAGGCAGAACUUACUGGAGCUGUGGAAGGAGGAAGAGACCCAGGCUCCCAGUAUGUCACCACGCCUCCACUGCCCAACCUGUGUGGCUUUGGGGACCUGUUUGAAUGCUCCUUCUCUUCCCUGUCCCAAUGAUACAAUUCAGUGCUAUCAAGGAAGACUUCAGAUCACUGGAGGAGGCAUCAGCUCAUUUUUGGAGGUCAAAGGCUGUACAUCCAUAAUUGGCUGCAGGCUGAUGUCUGGGAUCUUUACAGUAGGGCCCAUGUGGGUGGAGGAAAUCUGUCCAUAUCAGUCUCUCCUUCAACCCCGAAAUACUGAAAAUGGGGCCACCUGGCUUCCUGUUUCGGUUUGGAGGUUAGAACUAGUGCUGCUGAUGUUACUGCAGUAACUUGUCCAUUGUUCCUGAGGAGGUGCUUCUUGUCCUGGACCGCAGGACACCCCUCCUGACUGCUGGUCAUCAACAAGUUGAGGAGCAAGUGGAGAGCUAAGAACAGAGAGAGUUCCU